AGGGCGUCCCAGGCCAGUCUUCCCGCUUCCCGAAAGGCAUUAUGUGUUCUCCACAGGACGCUCAUUUAAAAGGCUAGUUUGCAGCAGACAGGGAGAAAAGCAUAGUUCCCACUCCAAAAAAAUCCACACCGGCUUGAGCUGGGACUGUGGGGAGCAGUCGUGGAACAGCAGCCUGAAUUUGCACCAAACUACUUUCCCCUAGAAUUGCGGAGCUCACCCCAAAAACUACCAAAACCCUCGUUUUGUGCUGUCUCCUUUCUGGAAAAUUCAGUGCCGGGAAAAGAGAAGAAGGUAGCCAUUUCAGACCAAAGCACUCCGCCUUCAGCCGCCCCCGCAGAAGCGGGCGGUGACAGCCCGGCACCCCCCCCCUCCCCGGCGGACCGCAGCCCGGCCGUGCCCCGGCUUCCCUGGAAGCGUUCACCGGCGUUACCGGAGACCUCCCCGCCGCGGCUGGCAGGGCAGGAGUUAAACCCGGGUCCGUAGCAGGGUGCCGGACCCCCCCACACACCGCUCCAGUUCGCCGCUGGAGCUGGGCACAGGUGUCACAUUUAGCACACUGGACAAGACAUCUGAUAACUGAAGAAUUAUGCUCAGGAGCAAAGCAUUCAGUUUGUUAAAACCGAUUCCCUUGAUGUCUGGCCAGUCAAAUUUGGCUUAUAAAUUUAUUCAUCCAGCUAUUGCUUCUCAUGGACAUUGCUGUCACAGGAGAAGUGUGGAUUAUAGACAGAGGUACAAGACACACCCUGGUAGUGCUGGAGGACGAACAAUAAGUGCUCCUCAGACCAAGGUCAUGGCAGAAGAAGAGUUACCAGGGGUUUUGAUUCUGGAUAUAGGAGGAACUCAUGGUGUGCUAGAAAACCUUGCAGCACUUUUGAAGAAACACUUUCGCCUUAUCACCAUGAAGGAAUUUCUUCAAAACAAAAAAGAAAUGAGCAAAAAAAUCCAAUCUAUUUUCGUGUUUGAGUGCAGGCCGACUAUUGACCGAGAGCUUCUAGAAAGCCUGCCUAAUUUAAAGGUAAUUGGAAACUCUGGGGUUGGAGUCGAUCACUUAGACUUGAAAAUGAUUUCUAGCUUUGGGGUAAAAGUGACCAACACCCCACAUGCCGUGGCGGACCCAACAGCAGACAUAGGAAUGGCCUUGAUGCUGGCCUCUGCCAGAAGACUAGUGGAAGGCUGCCAGACUGCAGUUUCUCCAGACACGAAGUAUUUUGCUGUUGGCUGGCUGGGAGUGGAAGUAACCAGAGCGACGCUUGGGAUCAUCGGGAUGGGCAGCAUUGGUUAUAGAGUGGCUCAGAGAGCCAGAGCCUUCGAUAUGAGGAUCCUGUACCAUAACAGGAACCGGAGAAAGGAGGAGGAAGAGGCGGUUGGUGCCCACUACUGUGAGAAGAUGGAAGACUUGCUGCAGCAAUCUGACUUUGUUAUGUUGGUUGUGAACUUGACUCCUGAGACUCACAAACUGAUUGGGAAAAAGGAGCUUGGGCUGAUGAAACCCACAGCUACUCUUAUAAACAUCAGCCGAGGUGCAGUUAUUGAUCAAGAUGCAUUGGUAGAAGCUCUCCAGAAUAAGGUUAUUAGGGCUGCCGCUCUGGACGUGACGUACCCUGAGCCUCUGCCAAGAGAUCAUCCUUUGUUAAAAUUAAAUAACAUCAUCAUAACCCCUCACAUCGGAACUGCAACAGUCCAAGCUAUCCGUAUGAUGGCAGAAGAAGCAAUAACAAAUAUGCUGGCUGUUCUUAAUGGCCAACCCAUUCCAAGUGAAGUGUUUCCCAAAUGAUGUGUGCCAGAUGAUAUCAGUAUCAGUAUCAUAUGUGUGGGAAGGCGCUAUUUCUUACAGUACCACUUUUAAACUAAAAAAACCCAACCUGUUCCUGCACUGCUCUUGUCAUGAUACUGCAAAGCUGUCAUCUCACUAGACUUGAUCUGUACUGUUAUUUACAAUUCUGAAAAAUAAAGUGGAACUAAUAAAAGGGACUUGUUUGAAGAUUUUAAA